AUGCAACAUGUUGCUUCAAGCUGCAAGGCUAUGGAGACUUUGAUCUUUGCAGCGCCCGAGACGAUCAAGAAGAAGACAUGGCAAGAACUCUUGACAGAUGAGCGAGUGGUUUUCCAUCCCGUUACACGUGCAGGUGCCGGAAAGCCAGGUGAUUCAGCCAUCAUUGACCAUUUGGAAGGCUUCAUUGCAGGCACGGCAUCACGAAUUGCGCUUUUGACUUCGGAUAGAGACUUCGUACCUCUCGUGCGCCGCGCCGGUGCCAGUGGAAAGCAAGUGCUUGUGGUUGUGCCCGCCGCACGAAUCCAUGUUGGGGACCUGUACCGGAAAGCGCAUGCAGACGUGCACGUCGUCAAAGCCGACAGGCCAAACGUCACACGAGUCAAAGCUGUCCUACUUCCAGGAGGGAAGGGCAGUGUAAAUUUCUGCGCCCCGGUAGCGCGACUGCAUUGCCCAGAAGAGCAUCAGGUUGUCAAAAACAAGCUGGUCGAACUGGAAUACUGCACGGAAGACCAGCACAGUGGCUUUAUGUUGAAUCCUAUGGCCAAAUUUUGGUACGAGAAUGGUCGUGGGUCCUUGGUGCUGUUUCCGACGGGUCUUGCUUUGAAGCAGGUACAUCAGGAAUUGGUGAACAAUGCAACGAGGGCCUGGGUACCGUGUGAACGCAAGCUGUCUGUGAUUUUGCCCGUGGGGAAACGAGGCAAAUCAAGUGCUGCCCAGAUACGGAAAUUUGGCUCCAACUUUGCAUGCUGCAUAUUUCGCGGUGGAGGGCCCUGCAUUUUCGAAGACUCCUCGACACUGGCAGCGACGGUCUUGAGGAAGCUGGGCUUCUUGGAUGAGCAGUUCAACAAGGACAUGCGAGAAGCAUUGUUGGUUUUUGCAAAUGGAACCGAAAACAAGUACAAUUUGCGUGACCUGGGCACUCUACCGUGCGAGAGCGACACCGUCGAAGACGUGCAAGCCAAGUUUCGGCUAGCGUUCCUUGCAAGUAAUUCGUCGGCUAUGUGGCAGUUGCCCCCCGCAGACAGUUAUGUGAGGCAGCUGUUCCUCCAGGACAAGCGCAUCAGCCAUCGUCGGGCAACGACAGUCGAAGUUUUCGACGCCAUGCGUAAGUAUGUCAGGCAGAAAGGCUGGGGGGAGAUGAGCUCGUACAAUGCGCUUGUAUGGCGCAUCGUAUAUGAGAGCAACAGGACCGAUCCCAAGCGCCGGGACCUUGUUCAUUUCGAUGCGUGA